AUGUAUCCACGAAGGAGGGUCAACGACUCAGUGCAUUGGUUUAUGAACGACCUCACUUCCCGAAUCGUGGCUGAAUCCGGAAUUCCGACGGACCGCCACCAUCUCGGAAAAAUUUUGCUGCAAAGCUUUAAAGAUGCACCGGACUUCGUCAUGCAAAUUGAUGGAGUGACAGGUGAAUCCGAAACCAGUGGUUCAGCCCUCGAGAGGACAGUACGCUGCGCCGUUGCUCUCAAAAAUCUAGGUCUUCAACAUGGGGACAUCAUGAUCCUCAUGGCUCCCAGCCACAUCGACCUGGCUAUACCGUUCUAUGCGGCCUUGUACCUGGGGAUCAUAGCGUCUGCUAUUGACAGAACUUUGAGUGUUAAGGAACUCCAAGGCACCUUUGAUGUGUCGAGGCCGAAGGUAAUCUUCUGCCAGAGCGACCGAGCCCCAGACGUGCAGAUAGCUCUGAAUGGAAUCGAGUCGGAUGCCUUCAUAGUCACCUUUGACAAAGGGGAUUAUCUCUGUAGCUUUCCUGAGUUCUUGGAAACGUAUGGAGAUAAUAGCCCUGUUGAGGAAUUUAAGCCUACAGAUUUCGACCCGGAUGACACCGUCGCACUGUUGAUCGCCACUAGUGGAACCACCGGAUUGCCUAAAGGCGCUGCCGCCACUCACAAGAAUUUGUCGAUCUCUUUACCUUAUCUUUGGAUUCGACACACACAAUUCCCACACCCCACGAAGAUGAUAAUGAUCGGAUCACCGCUGCAGUGGCUGACGGCACUCAUCAACUUCUUGAUGUCUCCAAUCCUCCAAUACACGAGGCUGCAGACAUCGCAAUCUUUGACGCAGCAGCACGCUUAUGAUCUCAUCAACACUUACAAGCCUACCUUCACAAUACUAAGUCCGACGUUUAUGAACACACUCUUAACCCCUGGUGAACACGAGCAGUGUGACUUGAGCUGCCUGGAGACGCUGAUGCUGGCAGGGAGCGCUGUGCCGGCCGACUUAAUUACGGACAUCAAGAAAAUUUUGCCCAACACCGAGGUCCUGAAUGCGUACGGCAUGAGCGAGGUAACAACAAUAGCAUUCAUAGACGAAGGUAUGAACCCUCCUGGCUCCGCCCCCGCUGGAAAACCCAUCGGCUGCCAUCAAUACAGAUUGAUAGACGUCGAGACCCAAGAAGAUAUCUAUGAGCCAAACAGAAAUGGGGAACUCUGGUUAAAGGGCCCAGGCAUGAUCAAGUUUUACUACAACAACCCCGAAGCUACAGAAGAGACAUUUGCUGAAGGCCAAUGGUUCAAGACUGGUGAUAUGUUCUACAGGGAUGAAAACUACAACUUUUUCUUUGUGGAAAGAAUUAAAUUGCUGCUCAAGUAUAUGAAUCACCAAAUCUCCCCAGUGGAACUGGAGAUUACAAUCCGCCAACUCCCGGGGGUACUAGACGUGGCCGUGACCGGUAUACCGGACCCGACAUGUGGGGAGUUACCGGUCGCUUGUGUCGUGAGGUGUCCAGGUUCUGAUAUUACCGCGGAAGAUGUCAAACAAAUAGUGAAAGAUAAUCUGGCAGACUCAAAACAGCUGAGAGGAGGGGUCAUAUUCUUGCCCACAAUACCACAAACAGCAUCCACAAAGGUUCAUCGAAGAAAACUCAAGGAGAUAGCUUUGCAAAUGCAAGCUGAAUGAAAUAAAAAAACAACAAA